AUGAUAUCUCGAGCGGCGGCUCCCUCGUCUUCCUCUCUCGCCUCCCUCUCCUCCCGCUCCCUCCGAAUCCAUCGCCCGGCCGCCCGCUCCUUCGCGACCGUCCAGGACAACCAACCCCCCGUACGGCAUCAUGGCGGUCUGCAGGAUCAGGACCGCAUUUUCACGAAUCUCUAUGGACACCAUGGCCCGGAUUUGAAGUCCGCCAUGAAGUAUGGUGAUUGGCACCGCACCAAGGAUAUCGUGCUGAAGGGCCAUGACUGGCUUAUUUCAGAACUCAAGUCCUCGGGUCUUCGUGGUCGCGGUGGUGCCGGGUUUCCCUCAGGAUUGAAAUAUUCCUUCAUGAACUUCAAGGACUGGGACAAGGAUCCCAGACCCCGCUAUCUGGUCGUCAACGCCGACGAGGGUGAGCCAGGAACUUGCAAAGACCGUGAGAUCAUGCGGAAAGAUCCCCAGAAGCUUAUCGAGGGCUGCCUCGUCGUCGGCCGUGCCAUGAACGCCAACGCCGCCUACAUUUACAUUCGUGGUGAAUUCUACCAGGAAGCCACCAUCCUCCAGCGCGCCAUCAACGAGGCCUACGAGGCUGGUCUGAUUGGCAAGAACGCCUGCGGAACUGGCUACGACUUCGAUGUCUACAUCCACCGCGGCAUGGGUGCCUACGUCUGCGGUGAGGAGACCUCCCUUAUCGAAUCUAUCGAGGGCAAGGCCGGCAAGCCUCGUCUCAAGCCCCCAUUCCCGGCGGCCGUGGGUCUGUUCGGAUGCCCCAGUACCGUCACCAACGUUGAGACCGUCGCUGUGACCCCCACCAUCAUGCGUCGGGGAGCCAACUGGUUCGCCUCGUUCGGUCGGGAGCGGAACGCCGGCACCAAGCUCUUCUGUAUCUCCGGCCACGUCAACAACCCCUGCACCGUAGAGGAGGAGAUGUCGAUCCCUCUGCGCGAGCUGAUCGACCGUCACUGCGGUGGCGUCCGCGGCGGCUGGGACAACCUCCUGGCUGUCAUUCCCGGUGGAUCGUCCACCCCGGUCAUCCCCAAGUCGGUCUGCGACGAGCAGCUCAUGGACUUCGACGCCUUGAAGGACUCACAGACGGGUCUGGGAACCGCCGCCGUCAUCGUGAUGGACAAGUCAACCGACAUUGUGCGCGCGAUCUCGCGUCUGUCGACCUUCUACAAGCACGAGAGUUGCGGCCAGUGCACCCCCUGCCGUGAGGGUAGCAAGUGGACCAUGCAGAUGAUGCAGCGUCUGGAGACCGGCCAGGCCCGCGAGCGUGAGAUCGACAUGCUACAGGAACUCACCAAGCAGGUCGAGGGUCACACCAUCUGCGCCCUGGGCGAGGCCUUCGCCUGGCCCAUCCAGGGUCUGAUCCGUCACUUCCGUCCCGAACUCGAGGCCCGCAUCAAGGAAUACUCCCAGGAACUCGGCGGUCAAUCCCCAUAUGCUGGUGGCUGGCAUCCUAACAGCCGGGCAGAGGGCAAGCUGAUUUCCCCCGGCAUGUAA